AGGCCCGGGAGCGCCCGAUGCUGGUACCAUGGCUGACCCGGCAGCAGGAGAGCCCGCGUCCCAGCCCGGCGACCUCUGCGGUGAGUGUGGCCAGUUCCACCUCCUGCCCGACAACCAUCUCUACAACUUCCAGGAUGAAGUGGACGACGAGCUCAUCUGCCAUAUCUGCCUUCAGCCGCUGCUGCAACCAAUGGACACCCCGUGUGGACACACGUACUGUUUCAAGUGCCUUGAGAACUUCAUGCAGGAGUACAAUUUUUGUCCCAUGGAUCGCAAAAAACUCUCUUUCCAUCAGUGCCACAAGUCCAGCCUCCUGGUGCGGAACCUGCUGGAUAAGCUGCUGGUCCUGUGUCCUUUCAAGGCUGAGUGUCAGCAGACGAUGCAGCGGUGCGAGCUAGAAGCUCACCUGCAGAACAGGUGUCCGGGUUUCAAGAAAUACAAAGCUGAACUAGAGCGGAAAAAGAAUCCCUUUUCCAAAGGGAAGGAAGAUCUCCCUGCCAAGGUGGAAACGAACCCGCACAAGGACCUGGAGGUGCCAAGUGGAGGAUCGUUGCUUGCAGCAGAAAGCUCUGCAGCUGCGGUGGUGUCACUGGGGACUGCGGAGCCGGGGCUGGUUAAUCCAGCCUUUGAAGAGACUGAAGAAGAUCUUCCCCAGCGAGCGAGUCUUGUGGCUGAGACCAGCACGAUUGAAAUUCACCGCGAAGACCCCGAGGAAGAUCUGGGGAUGAGGAUAGUGGGGGGUAAGGAUACCCCCCUAGGAAACAUUGUUGUCCAGGAAGUCUUGCGACAUUCUGUUAUUGCUGCAGAUGGAAGAAUAGCACCAGGAGACCAUAUUCUUGAGGUGAACGGUGUCAACAUUAGCAGUGUGACUCACUGUCAAGCUGUCUCCUUCCUGCGCCACCCAGGCCCUGUUCUUCACCUCAUGGUCCUGCAGGAGAAGGGUUUUUCCAGUAAGACUGUCCAGCAGGAUUCCAGCUCUGCUCCUAACCGGGAAGUGAUCCACGUUACCUUGAUUAAGAAAGACCGAUCCGAACCCUUGGGAAUCAAACUCAUCAGGAAGACGGAUGAGGCAGGGAUUUUUAUUCUAGAUCUGUUAGAGGGAGGUUUGGCAGCCAAAAAUGGAAAGUUGAGCCGGAAUGACAGAGUGCUGUCCAUAAAUGGCCAGGACCUGAGGCAAGGAACACCUGAGACUGCUGCGCAGAUAAUCCAGACCAGUGAAUCAAGAGUGAACUUUGUAGUGCUGAGGCAGCCGGGUGUUCAGCUCUCGGACUCGGUUGAAGACAGCAGCACAUCCAAUAGCAGCAGCAGCAGCAAUGGAGGAAGCCCCGUGCACCAUCGAAGAAGACUAGACCAGAAUCAUUACAGGCGAAAAUCCACCUACCAGAAGGAUCUACCUCAGGGAUACAUAAGUCAUGAGAAGACAGUUUCAAUAAAAAAGGAACCAAAGGAAUCUUUGGGAAUAACAAUUGGAGGUGGAAGAGAUAACAGAAACAAGCUCCCUAUAUAUGUAACAAGUGUACAGCCCAUUGGAUGCCUCUUCAGGGAUGGCAGAAUCAAAAGAGGAGAUAUACUUCUGAGCAUAAAUGGCAUUGAUUUGACUCACCUAAACUACUAUGAAGCUGUCUCAGCACUGAAAUCUAAUGCAGCUUCCCACUCAGUAGUACUGAAAGCCUUGGAAAUCCUUGUAUCGGACCCAACAGAUCCACCUCUGGACAUCAAGGAGCAGGGAUUCGGCUGGUCUCCCCUCUGGAUCAUGUGGCUUGGGCUGCCUAGUUACCUUCACUGCUGUCAAGAUAUUGUCCUGAGUAAAGGCAACCUGGAGAGCUGGGGAUUCAGCAUUGUUGGAGGCUUUGAAGAAAGUAAAGGAAACCAGCCAUUCUUCAUCAAAACCAUCGUGCCUGGGACUCCUGCGUUCCGAGACCGGAGGCUGAAGUGCGGAGAUGAAAUAGUGGCAGUGAAUGGAGUGCCUGCUAUAGGAAUGAGCAAUUCGGAACUAAUCCCAAUGCUGAAAGAGCAAAGAAACAAAGUCACUCUGACUGUGGUGUCCUGGCCAGGAAGCCUCGUGUGA